UGGACAGCAAGUUGUGAUCUUGUCAGGUUCUACAACGGAUACUUUCAAGGAUCAGGACUUGUCCACCGCGGAUUCAUAGGAGCAAUUCGCGUUAUCAACCGCUAUGCCUACCAUUGCAAAGUUAAGAUACACCUAACCAGCUCCUUCAGGAAGGACGAUGGAAGAAAAAUUCAUGGAGCUAUAGUCAAGCCCUCCAAAAUUAGCAAUCACUUUGUAGGUCAUGCAAUUGACAUGAAUGUGAUUGACGGGUCGCGCUUCUGUAACAGCAAAUGCCUGGGCAAUGAAAACAAACAGAGCGCGGGUGUGAAGUGCUUCAUCUCCAAAAUCAGGCAGAACACAGCGCUUCGCUGGGGAGGAGACUUUUCCACUCCCGAUCCUGUCCAUAUCGAUGACGGACUCAACCUGCGCGAUCGAAAUCAGUACAACAAACUAUUCGCGUCUCUUCAGACUAACUGUAAAAUAUAAAACAGGGCAAAAGGGCGCACCUUGUAGUGUCAAUAGCGUCAGAAUGAAAUAAAACAUGGCAAGGAUCUUGCA